UUGGUUGGACGAGGAGUUUUCACAAAAGGCGGAAGAAAUGCUAACCUUGACAAGCAAUCAAAUGAACACAUGGGUAACUGAAACUGUUCGUUUUACCUUUAAACAUCUCAUAAAAGACAAUUAGAUAUUACCGUUUCAGCUAUCACAGUUCUCGGUAAGCGUUAGGACUUCGCCACCCUCUGGAUUAUUCUCUGUCAGCGGCGCCUGUCGUUAAACGAUGAAGUUUCCUUUUCUUAUUACUGUCAGAGGCUGUGAGGCUUUUUGCAGAGUUCAACAAAAACAGUUUUUAUUUCAAAUUCCCAGACUGCGGAGCUGUGCUUUGAGAUGCAGCAGCACUCAGCUGAUUAAAGACGAGAAGAACUUCUACAUAACAACUCCCAUCUUCUACGUGAAUGCUGCUCCUCACCUCGGACACCUGUAUUCUGCUGUAAUAGCGGACUGUUUACACAGAUAUAAGCAGCUUCAGGGGUUCAACUCAAGGUUUGCUACAGGAACAGAUGAACAUGGCUUAAAGAUCCAGCAAGCUGCUGAAGCUGCAGGAAAAGAUCCCCUUACCUUCUGCACUGGUGUGUCAGAGCGAUUCAAACAUCUGUUCAGCAGCUGCAGCAUCUCCUUUACAGACUACAUUAGAACCACCGAGCUGAGGCACCAUCAGGCUGUGAAGCAUUUCUGGUCCUUGCUCUGGAACCAAGGGCUCAUCUACAAGGGGGUUUAUGAAGGCUGGUACUCCACGCAAGACGAAAGCUUCCUUACGCCGUCGCAGGUUGGCAAUGCUCUGGACUCGUUGGGAAAGGAGGUUAAAGUGUCACUGGAGAGUGGGCAUAAGGUGGAGUGGAUGAAGGAGGAGAACUAUAUGUUCCGCCUGUCUUCAUUUCAGUCUCAGUUGGUCGACUGGUUAAGAGGGAAUCCUGGGGUUAUACAGCCAGAGCGCUUCUACAACGUUGUUCUCCAGUGGCUGCAGGAAGACCUUCCAGAUCUCUCCGUGUCUCGACACAGAAAUCGCCUUCAGUGGGGCAUCCCGGUCCCCGGAGACACCGAACAAACCAUCUAUGUGUGGCUGGAUGCUCUUGUGAAUUAUCUCACUGCCGUUGGUUAUCCAGAUCAACAUGACCAAUGGUGGCACAAAGCUCAUCACGUUAUUGGAAAGGAUAUAUUAAAAUUCCAUGCCAUCUACUGGCCGGCUUUUCUUCUAGGAGCCGGACUCCCGCUGCCACAGGUCAUCCAUGUCCACUCACACUGGACAGUAGGAGGAAAGAAGAUGUCUAAAAGUUUGGGUAAUGUGGUGGACCCUCUCGAACACUCGCAGAAGUUUACAAACGAUGGCAUGAGGUACUUUCUGUUACGCCAGGGAGUCCCAGACUCUGACUGCGAUUACACACAAGACAAAGUAAUAAAGCUGCUCAACGCUGAGCUUGCAGACUCUUUAGGUGGUUUGCUGAACCGCUGCACAGCUCCAGCGCUAAACCCAGAUCAGGUUUAUCCCUCUUUCUGUUCUCAGUCCUUCCACGGUGACCAGGGAGGCAGAGCUGUAACAGAUGACCUCCACAUGUUGGCAGCAGUCAAAAGUCUCCCAGCUGUGGUUGAGAAGCACUAUGAGAGUAUGCAUGUGUAUAAAGCUCUGGAGGCCAUCAGUGGCUGUGUGAGGCAGACAAAUGGGUUUGUUCAGCGCCACGCACCAUGGAAGUUGGAAAGGAAGGACAGUCGAGACCGGCGUUGGCUUGACACUGUCCUCCACGUGUCCCUUGAAUGUUUGAGAAUUUAUGGGACUCUCCUUCAGCCGGUGGUGCCAGAAAUGUCUAACAAGCUGCUAACUCGACUCGGAGUGCCACCGGACGAAAGGAGCUGGACUGCUCUGAACUUCCUGCCAAGGUCUCAAGGACUGGACUCUCCCUUUGAAGGGAGACCUCUAGGACCUGAGUCAGGAGUGCUUUUUAGUCGCUUGGAAAGUCAGAAUAGAGAUAAACAAAAACCAACAAAAACAAAGAAAUCUGCAAAUACUAAGUGAAGUUGGUUUCAUCUGUCAGUAUAAUGAAAAAUUAUAACAGUGUCAGGGUUCAGUUACAAGAGUUGGCUGUUAGAUUUAUUUGAAUCUUUGGAGCCAAACUGUGUUUCCGGGUUGUCUUACUUAACUAAAUCAGAACCUUUACAAACCUGUUCCUGUCAAAUUAUGUUCAGAGGAUAAAAAAAAAUCUUGAGACUUCAAUCUAUGGCAGAAAACACAAGUACAAAAAUUGACAUGAUAUUUUUAAUGAGAAGUACACAAAACUGGGAAAAAAUGUACAAGGUAAAUAAAAAAAAUGCAUUAUUAUAA